AUGCCGUCAAAAAAUAAAAAUUUUCAAUUUCAAUUAUUGGCCGGAUCUAAUUUAAGUUUUGACAAAAAUGAAAAUAAAAUAAAACAGAAGAAAAGAAAAUUGUUAAUUGAAAAAGAAAUUGAGGAUGGGGGAAAAAUGGAAGAAGAUGAGAAAUUGAAAAAUUUUGAAAAGAUUCGUCAACUUCGUAAAAAGCACAGAAUAUUUACUUGGGGGACAAACAUUCCAGAUCCAAUUGAAAAUUUCUCUGAUUUUCAAUUACCAGACAAAUUAUCUGAAAAUUUAAAAGAAUUUUCUGUCCCGACGCCUGUACAGAUGCAAGGAAUUCCUAUUGGAUUACAACACAGAGAUUUACUUGUUACUGCUCCAACUGGUUCUGGAAAAACAUUAGCUUUUGCGAUACCCAUAAUUUUACGAAUUUUGGAACAAAAACAACAAAACAAUUCCAAAAAUUCUAAUAAAAUACUUUCUGCCAUAAUUUUAGAGCCAACAAAAAUUCUGGCAAUUCAGACAUUCCAAAAUUUUGUUAAAUUUUGUUUUGGAUUGGAUAUUAAUUGUUUUUAUUUAAAUUCAAAAAUUGCUAACAAAAUUGAAAAAAAUUUGGAAAAAUGUGGUAAUUCUUUUUUUUUUUGUUUUUAA